AUGCGAAUCUAUCCACCGCCGACUAUUUGGUCUCGCUUUAUCGAUAGACACGGAAAAUCAGGCCAGCUGAUGUUGUUGGCUGCAGGGUUUACAGGUGAAUGCAUCAUCAUGUUCAUUAUAUUAGUCACUCUGGGCGUGUUCCAUAAUAAGCGAUAUCAGGAUCGAUUGGGUGUACCGACGUCCAUCGGCAAAACGAAUUCCUCAGGAACGAGUAGUGGCUCCUGGGAAAAGAAUGAUAUUCAGGGAGCUGGAGACGGCACUUAUUACGAUCCAGGCGUAGGCUAUACUGCUUGCGGUACUCUAUAUACAGCGCAAGACAACAUUGUGGCAAUGAAUGAGCAUGAUUUUGGCGAUAAAGGGGAUAAUCCGAACGAAAGUUCAGUAUGUGGAGCCUGUAUAAUAGUGAUAGGUCCCGAAGGAAGUAUAAAAGCACAUAUACAAGAUAUAUGUCCUGCUAUAGGAUGUGGUAGAGGUUCACUAGAUUUGACGCCUGCGGUAUUUAAUAGCAUUGGUGACUUGACGCAGGGAAGAAUACCCAUCAGUUGGAAACAUUGCUGA